AUGAAUACUUCGACACUGGUCGAGACGGUCAACAUAAAUCUGGAAGAUUUCUCGGAGACCUUUCUUACCUGCUCAACUUGUCUCUAUACAUACGAUCAGGUACGGUUUAAAAGCUUUCAAAGCUCUUUUUCAUAUUUUCUUUAUCUGAUUUACCCUUUUACCUUCUGUUUUGCUCCCUUCUAUUUCUUUUGA